AUGAUGUCUGAAAUGUACCAGAAUUUCGGUCUGCCGUCCAUACACUCGCUCACUCUGGCUCGCGACAACGCGUACGGCGUCCCCCGCCUCCACCAUCGAUCUUCCGAGGGAUCGGAACCGGAUUCCCCAACUGGAGGCGGUGGCUCAUAUACUGCUCAACCCGGUCGAAGUGUCCAGCACGUCCCGGACAGACCACUGUCGCAGACCACUCAACCGUCGUUUGUGGAUUUCGAUUCGCCAUACAUCCCCCCAAGGCCUUUCUCUCAAUCACCCAGGGAGCAGCUGGGUGCCGAUUAUUUUGCAACGGCCCCUCCGUAUCCUCCGCAAGAUGGUUACAACUCAGCGAGAUACUCUUACAACCAGAGCUCAUCGCAAGACUUGACCAGGGCCUUCGACCCUCGCCGCGUAGGGCAACCCAGCGGUUCAGGGGAUCAGAACCGCACUGGGUUAGAGUAUUCCCAGUGGCGCCAAGGCCAAGGACAGGCCCGGACCCAUCCCCCCAUUUAUCCCGGAGAUGGCACAACCUUCUAUGAAGGCCAUACAGCAUCAACGUCUCAGUCGGCCCAUCGCUCGGCCACACUGCCUCCACUCCCACCACACACUGGCGUUUUCGAUGCCCAACACUCUGAUAUAUUACCGAUGACAUACCCUCAUGGUAACCUAGAGUCGCGUUAUCCUGAUGCUGGCGAUUAUCUCCGUUCUCAGCUAAACAUCGGGCCUGGCGAGCCUGUCAAUCUUUGGUCCUUACCCGACCCCCCUGCUGGCCAGAAGCCUCCUCAGCCCCUACCUGUCUUGAUCAAACUUGCGAUUUACGGAAACCCCAGGAAAAGACUCACUCUUCAGGAGAUUUACGCGGCUUUGGAACAACGAUUUGAAUGGUUCAGGGAGCACAAGUCCGAGAGCGCAUGGAAGAACUCCAUCCGUCACAAUCUUUCUUUGAACAAGGUCUUCCGCAAUACGGCACGCCCAAUCACGGAACCAGGCAAGGGCAGUUACUGGGAACUCGAUAUCUCACAAGGUGAAGGGUACAAGCGAGAACGUAAACGCCGAAAGAAGACCGCGUCAAGUAACCAAUCCACCGCUGAAGACGAUGAAGGUUCAGACGAGAACGACGAUGGUUCCACUAGUCCCCCAGCUACGCAAACAGACUUGAAUGUAGACCCUCAACUUCGCAACGAGGGACACAGCGUCGAUGGCAUGAGAUUACGAUCAAACUCCCGAAGAACGUCACCGUAUCUUUCAUCAUCCCCUCCGGCUCGGCAGCCUACUCUCGACGCUGGAUCCUUCCAUCCCCACUCGGGCUCGCCGUCGCCCGCAGGUUCCAAUGCUAGUAUCCCAAGUACAACAACUGGCCCAUUCGCGGCGCCCCAACCACGUUUCGGCCAGUCUUCCUUUGGUCAGUCAUCCGUUCACCCAAGUUUCGGACAAAGCUCGUUCGGGCACAGAGCUACCUACCCUCCGGGAUACCCUCAGCAACCGACAUCCACCCAAUCGACCCCUCCCGUAUUCGGACUUCCUUCGAUGGCCGGGAUGUACCCGCCGCCUGCGCCAACAUCCGCGCCACCCAGUGUGUUUUGGCACGGAGGGUCUGAGCAGUUCUCUAACUUCGCGCCUGGUUCGGCGAUGGGUUCAACACAAGCACAGGGGCAUCGUCUAGACCGGUCGAACCCUCCUCCAUUCAUGCCUCAGAUGGGCGGUCAGGGGAACAAGGGCGCGUAA